GAAAGAGGAAGCUGGGAGCGGGUCGGAGCUUCAGCGGCAGCAGCAGUAGGAGAACGUGGAGGGCUGUUCUCAACUUGGUGCCUAUGGUUCUCCCUUUGCGAGGGGUGUGAGCCCUUCGCUGCUUUUGUGCGCCUCUCUGGGACACAUGGCCUUGAACAGGAGGAGGAGAGAAGUGUUCCAGAAGAAAGUCCUGGAAAAAGUCUUCCCUGCUCCUGUACUUCCCGGUGUCGUUUCUUCAAGCCUAGAGAGUACUGCUCUUCUGAAAGGUGCACUUGCAACUCAGGAAGACCCCAAAAAGGUGUCAGCUUUGGAAAAAGACUCUAGGGUGCAAGAAAAGACAAGUGUGAUUCUACCUUCAAGAAAAAUAUACACUGUGACUCUGCCUCCUGAAGAUUACGUACCAGUUGCUAUUAAUGAAAACAGUAAAGGAUCCUCUGAAAGUGAUGCUGAAGACAGUAGUAAUGGUGCUCCAGAGGAGAAUGACAAAAAGCAACUUCCCAGAAAGCGGCGGAAGAAAAAACAGAAGAACGUUUUUCAAACGCCUGCUGUUGGACAUGGAAGUCCAGCAAAAUGUGGAGAGCCUGAACACCUGACUGGAGAUAACUUGCAGCUGCAGUCCAGGGAGGGUCCAAACUUGACUCCAAACCAAAAGAGGAAAAUGAAAAAGAAGCGGCGAAAAGAAAAAAUGAGAGCAGCUGGCUUGCUCAGAAAACCAGUUGCUACUGAUUUCACAUAUAUGCCUGAAGAAAAGAGAGAAAGAGAGUUUGAAGUUGCAGAUAAAGCAGAUGACAUUCUGGAUUUUUUACAAAGCACACUGGAAAUCUAUUUUUCUGACAAGCUAUCAAAAUGUGCAGAGUUAGCUGAGAGCUUCGGAAGCGUCCAUGGGGUUUUAAAGAGCCUUGAAUCUGGCACGCUGUCAGCAUCAGAUAUCACACGUCUACAUCAAAUUAAAUCAUUUGUUCUCCUGCAGAAUGUGGAGGAACUAAAUAUUGCCCUGAAAGACCUCAGCACUCAUUCAGAAAUGCCUCACGAUCAAGUCACAGCAGUCUCUUCUUUGUUUCGCUACUGGAUUACAGAUAUCCUUUCUGGAAAGAAGGACAGCAAAUGAGCCGAAUGAGAAUCUCCCAUCAGUACAGAGUUAAGAUCUAAAACUCUGAUUCGAAUCUGAGAAUAUUUGGGGGGGGGAUGUCCUUGAAUAGAAUGCAGGUUCACCGAGGCACUGUUAAUAUUUUCUUUUUGCUUCAGGGUUGUUGUUGUUUUUUAUUUAUGUGUCCGGCUGAAUCUGCAAGGGGCGUUUUGGUGCACCCACAGAUCUCAAGACAAAUGGCCUCAGUGAAGUCCAUCCCGCUCGGUUUUUCUUCCAAGAGAUUUGGAGUGGCCUCAUUACAAGCCAGCAAGUUCCAGAAUUGAUUUAAGAUGUUGGCUACAACAUGGAUCGCAAGAGCUGUGACUUGAACUAGAGAAGUCUGAUGUUCUUUUUUUCCGCUUAAUUCACUUUGAACAAAGCUCAGAAACUCUUUUGAUUGAUCGCUCCACGGGCAAGCUGAGAAACUUCGUAGGCCAAUUUACAGGCAGCAGAGAGGAACACGCUGUCUGGUGUGCAAAGACAGGAAAACUUGAGAAGAUUGGCCUUCCCUAUCAUAUCUCUGUUGUUGUUUUUUUAAAUACUCAUUGUAGGAGCAGAAUAAAAGGUGGAUCUUU